AUGUUUUUGGUACAUGUUGUGGAUGUAAACAGAGAAAGUUUAAAUCAAGCUCAUAAUCGUUGUAUUGCAACUGUAUUGUCAGAUCGUCAUUUUCUAACAGCUGCUAGGUGUCUAGAAGAUAUCAGUGCAGAUCGAAUAUUGGCAAUUUCAGCCAGUCAUGGAAUAGCACAAACAACAAUUCAUCCCGCUGUAAGAGUGUCGAAACAUCCACAAUUCGUUGAAAGUGAUUUGUUGCGAAAUAAUCUUGCUAUUUUGGAAAUUGGGCAAAGUCUUGAUACAAAUAUUUUUACAAGACAAACUAUUGGGGCAAUGCAAGAUGGUGAUCCUUGCUUUGUUCACACAUUGAUUUCUCCUACUGCUCGAGGUAUAUUGGCUGUGAAUAUACGUGGACAUGCAAACUGCUCUUCUGAUAACAAUCAACUGUUUUGUUCUGGAGUCUUACAUUUAGAUUCUUGUUUAAGAUUUGUUCCUGGAUCUCCAGUUUUAUGUGGUGACGAAGGAACUAUCAACGGAGUCACAAUCACUAAUUGUGUAACAAAUGGUUCAAAUAACACUCUUUAUUUUCAUAGCACAGGACAAUUCAGUGAUUGGAUUGAAGAAGUGGUUUCAGAAGCAAAUUCAUUGAAAAAGUUAUCAUUUUUGACUCUUUUUGCAACAUUUUUAAUUAUUUUGAAGCUUUAGCCUUUGAUAAAGAUUGAAGAAUAAAAUAAUAAUUUUCCUAUAUAG